AUGGCCGCCGCGGGUCCACGCGUAUCACACGCGAGGCCUCUCCUUUGUUGGCAAGAACCGAGAUCUCGCGCCACGUCCUCACUUGUGGAUGACUUUCGAGUUUCAGCGGCCUGGCGCUUCGCCGCGCCCCUCGUCCUUGCCGCUGAUUUGCAUCCCUUCCCUCCAGGCCCAUCCCUCUCCCUCACUCCCUCUUGUUCUUCCACUCCCCAACCUCCGCUGCUGCUCUCUUCCCCCCCUCUUCCCACCCUCCUCCCUGUCAUGGCCCACACCACAGUCCCCACCUUGACGAACCCCAAUGAGCAUGCCCGCUGCAGCAUGAUUGAUCGCUCUCUCAGCGCCCAACUCAACCCCGUCCCCGUCAUCCUCCCUUCUCCCUCUGUCCCCAAUCCCUACCCCCUCCCUUCCCCUGCAUACCCCCUGCAUCCUCCCUGCCUCUCCCCUGCCUCGCCCCCUCCCCCAACCCUUCCCCUUACCCUCCCUCCCUCAUCCCCUUUUCCUUCCCCUGCCUCCCCCUGCCUCCCCCCUGGCAGCGCGGGUGCUGGCGGAGUGCGCUGCAGCAUGGGGCUUGUCACCUUACGGGUGGCGGGUGGGAGGCGAGUGUGA